AUGUCCUUUGAGUGCAAGCAGUGUAAGAAGACUUUUGAAAAAGCCGAUUACCUGAGAAAGCAUGGACGAGUGCACACUGGGGGAAAGCCCUAUCAAUGUAAACAAUGUGGCAAAUGUUUUAACCGAGCAGCACACCUAAGGAGACAUGAAAGAGUUCACACUGGGGAAAAGCCUUAUCGGUGUAAACAGUGUGGCAGGUGUUUUAGUCAUACUGCAUCCUUAAAGGCACACAAAAGGAUUCACACUGGAGAGAAGCCUUAUAGAUGUAUACAGUGUGGCAAGUGUUUUAGACAAUCAGGAGGACUAAAGAUUCAUGAAAGAGUUCACACUGGAGAAAAGCCUCAUGAAUGUAAGAAGUGUGGCAAGUGUUUUAGCCGAUCAGGAGGCUUGCGUCUACACGAAAGAGUCCACACGGGAGAAAAGCCUUAUGAAUGUAAAAAGUGUGGCAAGUGUUUUAGUUGUUCAGGAAGCCUCACGAUUCAUGAAAGAGUUCACACUAGGGAGAAGCCUUAUGAAUGCAAACAGUGCGGCAAGUGUUUUAACCAAAGAGGAAUCCUAAGGAUUCAUGAAAGAGUCCACACGGGAGAAAAGCCUUAUGAGUGUAGUCAGUGUAAUAAGCGUUUCCGUGCAUCAGGAAGUCUAAGGGAACAUGAGAGAUCCGUGCACUCUGGAAAAAAACCUUAUGAUUGUAAGCAGUGUGGCAAGUGUUUUAGCAGCGCACGAGUCCUGAAAACACACGACAGAGUUCACAGUGGAGAAAAACCAUAUGAAUGUGAACAUUGUGGGAAGUGUUUUCGCUUCUUAGCGUCCAUUAGGGAGCAUAAACGAGUUCACACUGGAGAAAAGCCUUAUGAAUGUGAACAAUGUGGAAAGUGUUUUGGCCGAUCAGAAGGCUUUUGGUCACAUCAAAAAGUCCACUCUGGGGAAAAACCUUACGAAUGUACACAAUGUGGGAAGUGUUUUAGCCAAGCAGGAAAGCUAAAGAGACAUAAAAGAAUUCACACUGGGGAAAAGCCUUACAAAUGUAAACCGUGUGGUAAGUGUUUUAGACAUUCAAACACUUUGAAGGUUCAUGAAAGACUUAACACGGGCGAAAAGCCUUACGAAUGUCAACAGUGUGGGAAGUGUUUUAGCCAAGUAGGCAGCCUAAGAAAACAUGAAAGAGUCCACCACAGCAGAAAAAGGUCGUACAAAAACACAGGAAGUAAUAGAAGGUCAGGAUUGAAAGACAGGUCUCUGACACACAGAGAGAUUGAAAUCAAUAGAAUGGAAGGCGUGCCAUCAGCCAUCGUUGAGGAACAAAGCUGUUGGAUUUGUCAAGAGGAGAUGAGUAGUGAGGCUCUUGUUCAACACUACAAAGAUCAUAUGCGACGUGUGGGCGAUGGCUCGUAA